UUAGGAAUGGAAAGAACACGAUAAUCCUGAAAAACAUCAAUUGCCUGACAUAUCUUUCCUGUGUGACCUGCUGCAGGGGGCAAGCACAGAGCCCGACAAUAAGGAUCCGCACACACCCUACCUCCCAGACUCCAGAAAGAAAGAAUCUAUAGCUUCUGAAACGUCUGUUGUUUCCUCCUAUUCCCCUGAAGAAACAGAAGAAGAAAGGAAGAGUGCCUUAGAAAAGAGUAUGUAUGUUCUAAUGGAGUUAGUAGAAACUGAGAAGAUGUAUGUGGAAGACUUGGGCCAAAUAGUAGAGGGUUACAUGGCAACCAUGACUGCUCAAGGAGUUCCCGAGGACAUGAAGGGAAAAGACAAAAUUGUCUUCGGAAACAUACAUCAGAUAUUUGACUGGCACAAAGAGUAAGUGGCAUGAUCUUGUAGAUCUACAAUAUUACAAAUUAUUAUCCAUUUACAGUCAUGUUAAUGUCAGGGGAAUUGCAGCAUGUCUCCUGCAUACAAUGUAUGUAUUCAUAACAAGCCCAAGUCUGAGCACAUUGUAUCCGAGUAUAUCGAUACCUACUUUGAGGAGUUGAGGCAACAGCUGUCACAUCGCCUGCAACUCAAUGACCUACUUAUUAAACCGGUGCAGAGGAUCAUGAAGUACCAGCUGCUGCUAAAGGACUUUCUUAAGUAUUUCAGUAAAGCCGGACAAGAUACAACAGAACUGGAGAAAGCUGUGGAAGUGAUGUGCUUUGUCCCCAAACGAUGCAAUGACAUGAUGAACCUUGGCCGAUUGCAAGGGUUUGAGGGAAAGAUCACAGCUCAGGGGAAGCUUCUCCAGCAAGACACCUUUUUGGUGAUGGAACAAGAGUGCAGUUUUCUGACCCGGGGUAAAGAACGCAGGAUCUUCCUCUUUGAGCAGCUUAUCAUCUUUAGUGAACCCAUUGACAAGAAGAAGGGUUUCUCAUUGCCUGGGUACAUCUUUAAAAACAGCAUCAAGAUCAGCUGUCUGGGCAUUGAGGAAUCUGUGGAUAAUGACCCUUGUAAGUUUGCACUGACAUCCCGUGGUACAGAUCGCAGUCUAGUGCGUUACAUUCUGCAGGCCUCGACUGCUGAGAUCAGACUGGCCUGGGUCCAUGACAUUGGACAAAUAUUGGAUAGCCAGCGUAACUUCCUCAAUGCACUUCAAUCACCUAUUGAGUAUCAACGAAGAGAAAGCAAGUCCAACAGUCUUGGAAGAUCUACCAACAGCCAUACGAUAGAAUCUACCCGUGGCGGCCUCAGGCCCCAUUCCUCUGCCUCUAUGGAUAGAAACAAAGUGCCCAACCUCAAAUCCUACAAUACUUCUCUGCCAUCCCUUUAUUUACCCAGCAACUCUAGAGAGAGUCGAAACAAGGUUCACCCUCCUCGAAAGAGUUCUCACUCAGAUGUUCUACCCCCAGCAACUCUGACCCCAGCACACAUCAAUCUUAAUUUAAAUCAUUAUCCAGAGUCCUCCACCUCUACUGUGUCCAAUGGAACCCCACAAAGCGACCCUACCAGUCGUAAACUGAACACAUUGGGCCGAGAACUCCCUGGCUACUCCUCUACGUCUGAUGAAAUGGGUGUACCUGUCCCCCGGCUGGCCAAGCUGGAUGAGGAUGAACUUUGA